AUUUGUCUUCAUUUUGUUUUUUAUAAAGCUUAAUUACUUUUUUGAGUACUAUCAGUGAAUGCAAACUGACCAAAUGCAAGCUCAUUACUUCACCACCUAUAUUAACGUACUGAAAUCUUAAUUUUGUAUGUGUCAUUUUUUUGCUUUCCAACAAUGGAAUUCCAAAUAUCAUCUUGGAACUUCAUUUCCCUCUUCUUCUUCUUCUUUGCAACAGCUUUCUUCACCAUAGUCAAACAAUGGAAAAAAAAUUCCAAAAAAUCCAAUGUUUCCUGCAGGCGAAAAUCGCUGCCACCAGGCCCUCAAAAGCUUCCAUUUAUCGGAUCCCUUCACCUGAUGGGUACGCUUCCCCAUCAGAACCUAGCAAAAUUGGCCAACAAGUAUGGCCCUCUUAUGCAUAUUCAACUUGGAGAAAUUUCAGCAAUUGUGGUUUCAUCCCCGCAAAUGGCAAAAGAAAUCACGAAAACGCAUGAUCUCGCGUUUGCGAGCCGGCCUAAACUUCUAGCUUUUGAGAUCGUUUGCUACGGCAGUAAAGACAUUGCGUUCACCCCAUACGGCGAUUACUGGAGACAGAUGCGUAAAAUAUGUAUUAUCGAACUGCUCAGCGCUAAGAAUGUGCGGUCAUUCGACAAAAUCAGACAAGAUGUUGGGUCGAAGAUGGUUGAAGAAAUCAGGAGUUUGGCUGGAGAAACAGUCAAUUUGGCUGAACAAAUUUUUUCAUACCAAUCUUCAAUGGUUAGUAGAGCUGCAUUUGGUAAAGUCUCGAGAAGGCAGCAGCUCGAAUUUGUUGGGUUAAUGAAGGAAGUGGCCUCAUUGGGUGGAGGUUUCGACAUUGCGGAUAUUUUCCCAUCUUACAAGUUCCUUCAUAGUUUGACCGGGAUGAAGUCAAAAUUGUUGACUGUUCAUCAGAAGAUGGACUUGAUUUUUGAGGACAUAAUUAAGGAGCACAUCCAAAAUCGCGGUCAUUCAGAUGACGAGGAGGAUCUUGUUGAUGCUCUUCUUAGAGUCAAAGAGGAUGGCGAUCUUCAGGUUCCCAUCACCAACGAUGCUAUUAAAGCCGUCAUCUUUGAUAUGUUUGCAGCGGGAAUUGAAACUUCGUCUACCGCCUUCGAAUGGGUAAUGUCAGAGCUGAUAAAAAAUCCAAAUGUAAUGGCCAAGGCGCAACAUGAAGUAAGGCAAGCUUUAAAGGGAAAAGGAAAAAUAACUGAUGCUGAUAUUCUUGAACUCAAGUACUUGAAGUUAGUAAUCAAAGAGACUCUAAGGUUACACCCUCCUUUUCCUUUGUUGCUUCCCAGAGAAAGUAGAGAGGAACGUGAAAUCGAUGGAUACACAAUACCGGUCAAAACAAAGGUCAUGAUUAACGUUUGGGCAAUGGGAAAGAAUCCCGAAUACUGGCCUAAUCCAGAGAGUUUUGAACCUGAAAGGUUUGAAGACAAUGGCAUUGAUUUCUAUGGGAAUCACUUUGAAUAUUUACCAUUUGGGGCGGGAAGGAGGAUUUGUCCAGGAAUGUCAUUUGGUUUAGCUAACGUGGAGCUUCCGGUGGCUCUAAUGCUCUACCACUUUGACUGGAAACUCCCCGAUGGUAAUUGCCCUGAGGACUUGGACAUGCUUGAGAAUCGUGGAAUUACAGCACCAAGAAAAAACAAUCUUCAUUUGGUUCCCGUUCCUGUGUGAUUGUUACUGAACAUGUAAAGUCAAUGGUUUUGUACUUUUUAUGCAUUGGUAAAUUUACCACCGGUGGUCAUCGAUAUUGUUCUUCCCGGUGGUAAAUAUCACCUUCAUAAUAAUUUGUUAAUCGAAGGAAUAAUAAUAAUCAAUACAAGUGAUC